AUGGCGCUCCGAGCGCGACUCCUGCCCGGGGAGUGCUCGUCGCGAGAGAGGCGGCAGCUGAACUCCAGGGAGUCUCAGUCCGGGCCAAGGAAGCGAGGGGAAGGGCAAGGGUUCCUACGUGUCACGUGGCCACCAGCGGCACGUAGGGUCGUGACCCAACGUGCGCGCGCCCUGCGGCCCGCCCCCAAGCGAGGCGGCGGUGGCGAGCCCAGGCGCGCGCACCCCGCCCCACGUGGGGGCUUCGCCACACAGCCAUCGCCCCCUCCCCUCCCGGGAUGCAGCGCGCAGCCGAAUCCAGGCUCCGCGGCCCCUCCCCCGUCCUGUUCCCUCCCCAUCCCCCAUCGCCCUCCCCCGCCCGCCACGUGCCCCCAGCGGCUCUGUUCCUUACCUCGGGCGCCACAGCGGAGCCGACGGGAGAGAGCGGCCGGCGGGCGGCCCGAGGCCCAGGCCCAGGCCGAGGCCAAGAGGGAGGCCGCCGCCCCCGCUCCCGCCGCCGCCGCCCCCGGAAGCUCGGCCGCGCUCCGCGGCCCCUGCGCCAGCCCGCCCGCCCGCCCGGCGGCGCUUCCAGGCGGGGCAGCAGGCCUCAGGACCUGCAAGAGCUUGGGAUUUGAGCUCUGGGGCCAGGAGGUCAGCAACAGCACUUCCCCCCUCAGUGGAGGCUGCCGUGAAGGGCCCGAAGAAUCAUCCUCUGCAGCCCCCCGAAGAGUGGAGCCCCGGGACAGAGAAGACAACGUUGUGAAGCAUGAGGCUCCCCAACGCUCCAAAGCUUUGAGCCCCCCGGGGGCUGCUGGGAAAUUCUUUGGGCCUGACCUCCUCUGCAGCUCCGAGGAGGGCCAACGCACUGGUGGGGUGCUUAGCGUGUACCCCACCGCCUUCAGGUCUGAGCAGUGGCCGGCGCCCCAGCAGCCUGCCAUUUCCUAA